AUGGAAAUGGAUCUGCUGCACCCCGACCCCCUCGAGGAGGCCAAGAAACACAAACUCAAACGCCUCAUUCCAAACCCCAAGUCCUUCUUCAUGGACGUCAAGUGCCCUGGCUGUUACAGCAUCGCCACUGUCUUCUCCCACGCCCAGACCGUCGUCCUCUGCGGCAGGUCAAACCCCAACCCUAAACCCCAAACCCUAAACCCUAAACCCUAA